UAGGGACCUGGAUGAUCGGGGCAGAACUCUGCCACUUCCAACUUGGAGCAAGUUGCUGUCCCCCGGGCAGGGGCCGGGCAAGGCCUCCUGGGGAUGCCAGCGCCGAGCGCCAGCGAUGCCACCCCCACCGGAGAGGGGGUGCGGGAGACCAUCCGGAGGGACCUCUUGGCCGCCGACCUGAAAUGCAGCUUUUUUGCUUCCGCCCUGCAGAGCUACAAGCGCGACUCUGUCCUCCGGCCCUUCCCAGGACGCUACACCUCCGAGGAGAGCAAGGAUUUUGAGGCUCUGCUUGCAGAUACAGAAGCACUGGAGAGCCUGCAGGAAUUUCUGGAUUCUCCUCAAAAUCCUGGCCAAAGAACUUUGGAGCUGCUCCACUGGAUCUUGUCUUCUAAGGCCUGGCACGUCCACACCGCCAACAAAAACGAGUAUGAGAAGAUCCAGGAAUUGACCGGAGCUCCCAGCAUGCCCGUCCCUGUGCCGGACUUCCUCUUUGAAAUCACCUACUGCAAACAAAUGAAUGCCAAAUUUGAGGAAACUCAGGCGGGGAGAGACCUCAUCUAUGCCUUCCACGGGAGCCGCUUGGAGAACUUCCAUUCCAUAUUGCACAAUGGGCUGCAGUGCCAUUUGAACAGGACCUCCUUGUUUGGGGAAGGCACCUAUCUGACCAGUGACUUAAGCCUGGCCCUCCUCUACAGCCCACACAGUCUGGGCUGGCAGCGAAGCAUGAUGGGCCCAAUUCUCAGCUGUGUUGCAGUUUGCGAGGUCAUUGAUCAUCCAGAUGUCAAGUGCCAAGUAAAGAAAAAAGACUCUAAAGAAAUUGACAGGAGGAGAGCCAGGGUGAAGAACAGCGAAGGGGGUGAUGUCCCUCAGAAAUAUUUUGUUGUUACAAACAAUCAGCUGAUACGGGUGAAAUAUUUGCUGGUAUAUUCGCAGAGGCAGUACCGAAGGCUUCCAGGUCGGUCGUGGCUUUCCAAGCAUCAUUUUGGGGUGAUGAUGAGUCUUUACCUGCUGCUGCUGAUUGUCAUAGGGACUAGCAACUCCCCAGCCUUUCUCUACUACUGGAACCGGAUUUUUGACUUCAAACAAUGACACCUUGUGGGUAUCCAGGGGGGUGGGAGCAGGGCUGCUGACCUUCACCAGGUGCCUUAACAGGGAGAGAUGUCCAGCUUUGGUGAACCCCAUCACCCUGGAGAGUAGAGCAGGGUGAGGAGAGGGGUGGAAUAGGAAUGUUUCAGAUGCCUUAAUUUUCCUGGUACACUUUUGGAUAGAACACUUCUGCAAAAAAGACUCAGCUGGAGAGAACAGCUUCUUCCUUGGCCUGCUAAAGACAGACCUCAUAAAAAGGUCUCAGAAACAUCUUUGGGGGAAAGAAUGGCAGAAGAGGGACUGUUGUCCUUUAAGGAAGAAACUUCAUCACAAUACAGAUGUGUCUCCUACAUUUAGGUUUGUUCUAAACCCCCAGGAGAUUUUGUAAGCCUCCUCCAACUGGGACCUCGGAAAACCACACUGGCCAAUUCAUGUGUUUAACUUAAGUGGUGAAAGAGAGAGAAGGAAAAACGUGCUCUCAUUUAAAGUGUCUACUUGUGUGUGCGUUGAAAUGACCAAGCUGGAAACCUUCACACAGUUUGAGAGCAAAGAUGACACCCACGUUAGCUGGGUUCACCCAAAACACUUAAUUUGGUUAGGGGAUCAACCAUUUUCCAGGUUUGCAUAUUAAACCGGCCAAAGGGCUGGCUUUGCCCAAGUUGCGAAGCUUCAAAAAUCGAACUAUGAUUAACACUAACCACAGUUAGCAUCUUGUGCACUUGAUUGCUUGGUCUCUAUCUGACCUGCUCCAGUGUUGUGCGAAUGCGGUCACUGGCUUCUUAUUCCCAGUGUGGUUUGCGGAGGAACUCACUCUUAGAAGCACAAAGAUGACUUCGGGGGAUACUCUCAGGCACAGCAAAGAUGAGUUGGGCAACCGUGCGUGAUGUACCGCCUCAAGCAAUUCUACAGCCCUUCUACAGCAACAGAGUUUUGAUUGCACCGUCACGGCUGCUCCCUGAUGUUUUUGACCACAUCCUGUGGACACCCCCGGGUACAAUAAAGGCUGCCAAGCACUUUAUCUGUGAAAGCCA